AUGGGUCCCAAUGUGAAGGACAAUCCAAUGCCAAGUCAUGGUCCUUCAUCAGUGAACAAUAUAGAAGUUUGUCUCAAUGAACAACGUGUUACGAAAAUAGAGGAGAUUCGGCGGUCUUUGGUUGAAAUUCAUUUUGUUUUAUGUGCUCAUGGUCUAUUCCAACAUGACCACCAGAUCUGUGGUACAUGUUCGGUCAAUUCAAGAGGUUGUAGGAAGAUUCAAUAUGAUUUGCAAGGCGUCCUUGAUCAGGGUUUGAUUCAGAUUUCUAGACAAGUGAGUUCUCCAGAAUCACAAGAACAAGAAGUGAAUGUCAUCAUUCCUUGCUUCAACAUUCUAGAGAAAGUAGAGAUAGCUUAUCAUCCGAGGGAGCCGAUGGUGAUUUGCCCUCCGGGCCCAAUGCCUUACACUUCAGAUAAAGCGGUCCCCUACCGCUAUGCAGCAACUAUUAUUGAGAACGGUAAAGAGGUCGAGAUUAAAACCUUAGCCUCAGUUACCAAUAUCGCAGCAAAUAGCCGAAUGACGCGCAGUGGCCGCGUGUUCGCUCCGCCGGUUAUCCCAAGUAGAAAUGUUGAGAAAGAUCCAGUAGUCGUGGUACCAGUGACAAGAGAAGCAGAAGGGCAAACAAGCAAUUCAACCAUUGACAAAGAAACAAAUGAACUACUCAGAAUUAUCAAGCUCAGUGACUACAAAGUGGUAGAUCAGUUGCUACAGACACCGUCAAAAAUCUCGAUCCUGUCCUUAUUAUUGAACUCAGCUGUCCACAGAGAAGCACUACUGAAGGUGCUUGAUCAAGCCUUUGUAGAACAGGAUAUAACAGCAGAGCAGUUCAACAAUGUUGUAGGCAGUAUCACUUCGUGCAAUGGCUUAGGCUUUUGUGAUGAAGAACUGCCAGAAGAAGGAAAGAAUCACAACUUCGCUCUCCAUAUCUCAGCCAAUUGUCAAGGGGAUUCUUUGUCUAAUAUCCUAAUUGACACCGGUUCAUCUCUGAAUGUCAUGCCCAAGUCUACCUUGUUGAAGCUAAAGUACAAAGGGGGGCAAAUGCGGCACAGUGGAAUUAUUGUGAAGGCGUUCGAUGGAUCAAGAAAAACAGUCAUUGGAGAAGUUGAUUUUCCUAUUGGUAUUGGACCACACGUAUUCCAGAUCACUUUCCAGGUUAUGGACAUAGUGCCAGCUUAUAGCUGUCUGCUCGGACGCCCAUGGAUUCAUGAGGCGGGUGCCAUUACAUCCACGUUACACCAAAAGUUAAAGUUUGUCAAGAAUGGGCAAAUAGUGACGGUUAAUGGGGAGCAGUCUAUGCUGAUUAGCCACCUUUCAUCGUUUAGUGUGAUAGAAGUAGACGAGACGGCUGUUGAAACUCCAUUUCAGACCCUGACCAUUGAUGAUCACAAGAAAAGUGAAGGUUCAAUCGCGUCAUUCAAAGACGCCCAGCAGAUUGUCAAGACAGGUCCUACAGAAAUAUGGGGCAAGGUGAUAGAGUUUCCAGAAAACGUUAACCAUACAGGAUUAGGCUUUGUUGGUGGAAAACAAGUGCAGACUUCAGUGGUGCGACCUUUCAAAGAUAUCUUUCACAGUGGUGGGUUUAUCAACAUGGUAGCAGUUGAAGAGGAUACUUUUGAGAAAAAGACAGAAGACGAAGGCCCCAGAUUUGUGACACCAGGAGUAGUUAUGAAGAACUGGACCGUUCUUGCUAGGAUUUUAACUUUGUGGUUAGCAGACAAAUCUGGUCGCCGGCUUUUACUUAUUGUUUCUUCAUCUGCAAUGACUUUGAGUCUUUUGGUUGUUUCAAUAUCAUUCUACUUGAAGGAAUAUAUAUCACCAGAUUCUGAUUUAUAUGCGACAUUGAGCCUCGUAUCGGUGGCUAGAGUUGUGGUCAUGGUUAUUGCAUUCUCUCUGGGAUUAGGAGCAAUGCCAUGGAUUAUAAUGCCUGAGAUUCUUCCGAUUAACAUCAAAGGCCUAGCUGGAAGUUUUGCAACACUUGCCAAUUGGUUCUUUUCCUGGUUGGUUACAUUAACAGCAAAUUUGCUCUUGGAUUGGAGUUCGGGAGUAUCUCAUACUAAACCCAAAACCAAUGCUGAAGAAUCUAAGAAUGAGUGUUGGAAGCAAUAUAUGCAGCUUGAACUUCUAGCUCUUGAGAAGACUGAUUUAAAGUACAAUAGGUAG